CGUCGCUGCUGGUUCGAAUUACUAAGUGAAACGCGGGGCGAGGCGGGUGCUUUGGCUUGGCAGCGGAAGGGAGGUAAGGAGUGAAGAAGCCGAAGGCGCUGCCGUCGCCUUCUUGGACUUUCGCUGGCUAUGAGUCCCGACGAAAAGCCGCCGCCGCCUUCCUCCCAGAGUAGCCGAGCGCCUCAUCAGCAGAGGCGCGGAGGACUCCUGACGGAGAUUCAGACGCCCCUUCUCACCGAGCGCUUCCACGCCCGCUACACCCUCAGCCCCGGCCGCGAACUCGGCAGGGGGAAAUUUGCAGUAGUAAAGAAAUGUGUAAAGAAAGAGACUGAAAAAGAGUUUGCAGCAAAAUUCAUGAGGAAAAGAAGAAAAGGCCAAGACUGUCGAAUGGAGAUAAUUCAUGAGAUUGCAGUUCUGGAACUGGCACAAUGCAAUCAUUGGGUUAUUAACUUGCAUGAAGUAUAUGAGACGCCAACAGAAAUUAUUUUGGUUUUGGAAUAUGCGGCUGGUGGGGAAAUCUUUGACCAAUGUGUAGCUGAAAGAGAAGAUGCCUUCAAGGAAAAAGAUGUUAAGCGUCUCAUGAGGCAGAUUUUGGAAGGAGUUUCAUUUUUACAUCAAAAUAAUGUAGUUCAUCUUGACUUGAAGCCGCAAAAUAUUUUGCUAACUUGUGAAUCGCCACUGGGAGACAUUCGGAUAGUCGACUUUGGACUUUCCAGAGUAAUGAAAAAUCGUGAAGAACUAAGAGAAAUUAUGGGAACUCCUGAAUAUGUUGCUCCAGAAAUUCUAAGUUAUGAUCCAAUCAGCACUGCAACAGAUAUGUGGAGCAUUGGAGUAUUAACAUACGUCAUGCUAACAGGAGUAUCACCUUUCUUGGGGAAUGAUAAACAGGAAACAUUUUUAAACAUAUCUCAGAUGAAUGUAAAUUACUCUGAAGAUUUUGAUCUUGUAUCUGAAUCUGCUGUGGAUUUCAUCAGAUCUCUUUUGGUUAAAAAACCGGAGGAACGAGCAACAGCAGAAGAAUGCUUGCUGCAUUCUUGGCUGGCACAAACUGAUAUUCCCAAUACAAUAUGCUGGAUUAAAAACACAGAAGAUGAAACAAAUAACAUUAUUGCAAAUGAAGACUCUACUUCUGAAAAUUCUACAGAUGGAGAAAAAACAGAAGAAACAGUAGUAACAGAAGAGCUCAUUUUAGUAGCUUCAUAUACACUGGGUCAAUGUAGGCAAUCAGAAAAAGAUAAAAUUGUUGAACAGAAAACUAUUUCAAAACUGUUUAAAUUUGAGGAACCAUUACUGCAAGAAAUACCUGGAGAAUUUAUUUAUUGAAUUUCAGCUUCCUUCUGCUUUGAGGUUUGAACUUUAUCUUGUAAGAUUGCCCCUUUCCCCUUAGACCAGUUUUUGUACACCCAAAUGACAUUCAUAUAAAAAUGUUCUUGUAAAAUAGAAAGAAAAAGUUAAAAUAAUUUAGAAAACUGCCAAACACCUUAAUUUUCUAUGGAAUUGAUCUAUAUUGGAAAUAUUUAAUACAAAGCAGAAAACAUUAGUUUAUUUUUUGAAUAUCCGAUACAUCUGAACCUUUUUGUUUUAGAUGUUCUGUUUAAUUACAUAUUCAUGAUAGAUGUUUCAGCUGUCUGGGUAAAAUUGAUAUUUUUUUAAUCAAUUUUAGUGCAUAAAAUACCAAGAACAGUUAGAAUUUGAACACUAGUUGCAUAUAUAUAUUCAUUCCUUCAUAUUCCUUCAUAUUGGUUUUACCUUGAUGACAUGGAUGAUCUUACUCCCUUUCAGUUUCUGGCAAUCUUAUUUUUCAUAUUAACCUACAAAUUGCUAAAUAAAACAAUAAAGGGUUGGAGGGGAGAAUAUCAUCAUAAUAACUGUUUUGUCCCAGACUGGACAGUAUAGAUUCAUUCAGCUUCCAGAUUUCAUAAUAAUUUAGUAUUCUUUCUGAUAAAAAAUGCCUCUAUGUACUCCUAACUUUAAUUUUAGUGUUUGCCACUGGGAAGAGAGGAAGCUUUUUUGAAAUAUAUAUAUUAGUUUUGCUAUAUAGUCUAUAUAUGUGUCAUUCUGUAUCCAGCAGAUGACCAAUAGCGCUGUUCUAUAGUUAUUAGAAUAAAAUACAAUGUAUUCUUGGUUUCCAGUGUGUAUCCAGACUCCUACAUAAAGUUUGGCCAGUGGGCCUUUACUGUUCCUAUUUGAAGUAUUCAUUUACUAAAUAAGAAUCUUUUUCUGUUUUAUUUCUACUGUCCUAGUUUUUAUAGAGAUGAUUUAUCUUUUUUAAAAUCUGACAACAGAAAUUGGUUAGGGUUAGGGUUAGGGUUAGUCUUAUCAUUUGGCAAAUUAUUUUUUUCUAUCUAAUUAUAAAAGGAUAGAUGUGCUAUAACUCAAAGAAUGAAAAAUCCCUAGAAACCUACUUAUAUUCAGAAUGUAUGUCAUGCAGUUUUAUCUGUUAUCAGUCAUUAGUUUGCCUCUUAAAACUUGCAUUAUACAUAUAAAAUAACUUUAUCCUUCA